ACUUCAGUUGGCGGGGUGUGGAGCUCCGUGCUGAGGCGUGUCUGUGGGGGGGGUUCCCGGUCCGGUUCCGCGAUGUCUGAUCCAGCUCAGCAACCUGCUCCCGGCGCCCCCGAAGGGGGAGCCCCUGGUGGGGCCCCCUCCGGACAAGCCACCAAUCUGAGCAGUAACCGUCGGCUGCAGCAGACGCAGGCCCAAAUGAAGGAGGUGGUUGAUAUAAUGUGUGUAAAUGUAGACAAGGUGCUGCAACGAGACGAGGAACUGUCAAAGCUAGAUGACCGGGCAGAUGCACUUCAGGCCGGUGCCUCACAAUUUGAAAGUAGCGCAGCAAAACUCAAAAGGAAGUACUGGUGGAAGAACUGCAAGAUGAUGAUCAUGAUGGGAGUGAUUGGUGCCAUUGUGGUGGUGGUGAUUGUAAUCUACUUUUUUACUUGAAUGUGGCUCCUUCAGUCUGCAACCUACUGUCCCCUGUCACCUUGCCUGUCUCUUCUUGUCCCUGAAUCUUUCCUUCCCUUCCCUUCCACCUAGCUUGUUCAUUGAUUUCUUUAUUGGUUUUGAUUUGUCUUCUGUAUAGGACUCUGAAGCGCUCUACUGAACAUGGUUAGACUCUUCAACAGCUGCUGCAGCUUUAGGGAGGGUCAUCUGAGUUUUGAGGAGAGGGAAGUAGAGGAGGAGUGGGUAGCUAUUGCUGCUGCUCUUCUGCAGGGAAUUUAUGUGGUUUAUUUUUGGGUGUGAGCUUCUCAAAUAGUGCCUGUAUGGACUCUAGCAAAAUAAGAAUGCCUUAACGCAGUGCCUUUGGGGAUGAAGGACUUCCGCAUGUGAGAUUCUUUAGUGUUCUGCCUAAAAAGAGUGGCAGCAUGACUUAAGCUUUUCGUUGAGCUUCUGAAAUAAAGGCUAGUUUGUGUUGGUCAGUGACUGUGAGCCAUCUGACUGAGCUAGAUGUAGUGAUGUAGAUUUCUCUAGCCAUGGAGAGAUGAGCACUUAAAUGAUUUAUUCUGCCUGUCCUUAUUCUCAGAUGACUUGCUGUCCGAACGUGGCCAUUUCAGUUAUUAUAAAGGAGAGCCUACAUGAUUACCUCAGUCAAGUGCAACAGACUAAACACUUAAGUGAAAGGAGGGUUUUUUUACUAUCUAAAAGGCACGUGUGGGAGUAAAAUCUCCUGCCAGAAGGAACAAAAGAACAACAGUAAGGAGUCUGGUGGGGGGUGUCAGAUAUUCCUUUCAUCUGUGCAGACACAAGCCAGGACCCUGUGGCUUUCUACUGUCUUGUAGCUUUCUGGAAGACUUUGGGGUAGUGGCAGAAUGGGAAUGGGUGUUUUGCUUUUGUGUUACUGGGUUGAAUGUCAAAGGAAAUGCACUACAUAGAUGGAGUUGUGAAGGAGACUGGAGGUAUUCCUGAUGAGACUGAAUGAGCCACACAGCUUUCUGAUUAAGAAUACCUGUUCUGUUUCUGCUGCCACAAAGCCUGAACUUUCAGCGGGAGUUAGAAAAUACUUGGAAUGGCUAGCUAGGGGAUUCAAAGGAAAAUGCUGCCCUUGGCACGGGUAUUGCAAAGUGACAUCAGAUGUCCCAGUUUGGCAGCUUAGAUCUCUAGAAAUCUUGCCUAUCAAACUGAAAUCUUCCUACUUGCUAUGGGUUCUCUUGAAUUUAGAUCCAAGGUGGUCUCUGCUGGAAGUAAACUUGCAGUGUGGAAUGCUGCGGCUUUCUGUAAGCAAUUCCCUUGUUCUCCUCCAUGAAAAAUAACAAGAGCUGUGAAUUGCUUGAAUGUGUUGUCAAACCUGGGGUUAAGUGAGCUGCCCUGUUCCUCGGUUUCUGCAGUCUUCUGAGGAAUGUGCAUCUUGUCGUUUGUUUAGUGUUUUUUGUUGUUUUUUUUUUUCUUUUUUACAAGCUGAGCUGUAGCCUGUCAUCUAGAGUGGGAAGAGGGAACUCCUUUAGUUUAGGAAGCUCUGCCUCGGUUCUAGAAUACACUGGCAUCUGCUUAGGCUUAAGGGGAUAUGGGGAGGCAGGGGAGAACAUCACUGGAGUUCCCAGGUGGGAGUGAAGUAGCAAAGAUGGGAAGGGCAGAUGCUUUUGGUUUCACUGGGUGUGCUGGGGAAGCCCCUUUCCUCCUCACUGGGCAUCUGGGAAGGGGCUAGGUUUUGCAUGCUCACUUCCAUGCCCCAGCAUUUCAUUUGCACUGAGUUCAUCUCCCUGCAAUUCCAUCCCUCUCCACCUUGGGUGAGGGCAGAGGUGAAGAUCUGGAGUGAAGCAGCCCUCGUCGCCUGAGCACUUCCCUAAUAAUUCCCUGUGGAACAGAUGUGAUGGAUGGUCAGAAGUGCAUCUACUGAAGAGGAGCCAGGGCCUGCUUGUACUACUUACUGCUAUCAUUUUAGGGGGUGGGCAUACAAGCUUGAGGCCCACAGACCAGCAAUUCUCUUGAACUCUUCUAAACAAGCCUUUGGUGCCACAUUCUUCCUGUUCCUUUGGGGGCUGAGGUCCCCCUAGGCUGUCUCUUCCAUUUCUUUCUCUUAAAUGUUGUAUGUUGCCUCUUCUGCUCCCUUUCCCCUCCCUUGUGUCUCUAUGCAUGGGCAAAAAAAAAAAAAAAAUCACCAAGGCCCUCUGAGUAAAAGCAAGGGACUCUGCUGUCCACAGCAUUACAGCCACUCACGCACGUGCAGUUUAUUUCCUUCCUCUAUAAACACAACUGUAAUCUCCUCUGGCAUGUUAUACUAAUCAGCUCAUGUACUUUUAAUGGUCUCUAAGAAACAUAAUUCGCCACCUUA